AUGCCGAGAACACUGGCUACAGCACGUGGGCGCUGCCCCCACAAGGCCGCCUUGAAGGCACGCGGAAUUAACCCGAACAAACUUCUCUUGAGCUCGCAUAUCCAGCGCAUGGGCGUCACGUCUGCAACCUCUCGUCCUCGGUCCCACGAAGCCACCGAGAAGGUCCUCAAACACGCCCUUGAGAAAGCCCAGCAGGAGGAGAAGGCGAAGCAGGAGGCUGUAGAGAAGAAAGGCACCGAAGAGAAGGAGAACCGCAAGAGGAGCGCCAAAACCGAGAUCCGGAAGCACCAGAUGGUUACGAGGUCGAUGGUCAAGAAGGUGGACGUCGUCAAGGAGAAGUCCUAA